CCCACUGUCACAACAGAUGCCACGCAGCAGAUGCCACCCCGAAAGGCUGCGAGAAAAUGUCAGGUGCAACAAGGAGCUCUAACAGGAUGUGUGCUGGGGGAUGAGAAGUGAGACUGUCUGGGGAGCAGUCGGUGCUGAGAGGGCUCUGCAGGAAGAAGAAGCGGGAACCAGCAGGCAGUGACAGGCACGUCCUGCUGUGGGUAGGCUCUGGCACCUCCAGCUGCCGCCGGCGGAGCAGGUCUCUCAUCGCCCCCAGGGAGAAGCAGGAGCAGGGCCUGGGGUGCCGCAGGCCCCAGGACUGGCCCUGGAGCCUGGCUCACAUGCGCGGUGCCGGAAUGCAGGGCCAGGUCAGGCCCCGCACGGUGCUCUGUGCCCACGUGUUGAAAGAAAGGCAGUUAAUGGCGCCUGGAGACAGAACCCAGGUUUCAGAGGAAGGAUGGCCGGCUUCACUCUAACGGGGGCCUCUAGGUUCUGAGCUGGGAGCAUCAAGUCAGGCUGGCUUUGUGAGAGGGCCUCCCUGGCUGCAGACUGGGUUGGCGGCCAGGGAGCCCCCAGGAAGCUCUUUCUUAUGCCCGCUUGGACUGAGGGUUGGCCCAGGUCGGCAGAGCCACACUCGAGAGCCCUCUGCUCCCAGAGGAGGUAGAGUCUUGAGCCUGCUGAUGCUCACAGGGCCCAGACGCCCUGCUGGGAGGCACUGUGGUCCACAGCCACUGCCCAGAAGCCCCCUCUUCCAGCUCGCCCGCGCUCCUCCUGCCACCACCCCAUCCCCACCCAUGGGGGACAAGAGCCUGGCCCCUGCGGGCGUGCCGAAGCCAUCCUCCCACCCCCUCGCCGCCCUCACCCCCCUCUGCAGCAGAGGUGCCUGGCGUGCCCCUCGGCCUCCGCCGACGCACCCCUCCGCUCUGCUCCGCCCCAAACGUGUUUGGCCACCCCUGCUCAGCCUGGCCCGGCCGUCCUGCGACGUCCCCGCCUGGGCCGGCUGGACAGAUGCGCGACCAGGGUGGGCCGGGAGCGGUGGGCUCCACGCCGAGGGGAGGGGCCGGAGGGCGGGGCCUGCGACAAGCCCCGCCCCCGCGCGCCGCCGCCGCCGCCUCGCAGACCUGGACUGCGGGCUGCCGCGGGCGCGGGCGCGGGCUGGGCAGCGCCGCCAGGCGGGGGACCUGGGUCCGCCGGCGCUGUCUCCAGCAGAAGGCUCCAGCCAGCUCCUCCCACCCGGCGCCUCCUGCAAGACAGAACCAGAACCCCAGCCGGUCACAUCCAAAGCGCUUUCUCCACCCACGGCCAACGGCCUCUGUCCAAGGCGGCCCCACGCAUUCACACCCACCUGGUUGAGUCACAGCCACCUGGCUGCCUCCCUGUGCCACUAGUGUGACUGGUAGCACAUCGGUGGGUCUCCCUGAGCCUCCUCCGACCCACAAAAUGGGGGCCUAGCAGAUACCUCUGGGGUCAUCGUCCUCAGCAUUAGGUGACACAGCACGGGAGAGCCCCUCGGCCCCAGCCCUGUUCUGGGUCCCUGUGCUGGGUCGGAGCAGGUCAGCUAACAUGACUGAUGUCUGUCCGCUGUUACCCGCCCACUUUUCGAUCAGUAGAAACCCUAGGGGGCCAGGUGAGAAUUCAAGGCUUGCUGCACAAGGAAGUGAAAGUGAGAAACAAGUGCCCUCUCCUGCUGCCCAGAGGAGCUGCCUGAGUCCUUAAAUGGGGUGACAACAGGGCGGCCCUAGUUGAGGUGCCUGGCCCCGCCCCCUCGGCGGUGCGGUGCGGUGCAGAAUCCCACCCAGCACCCUGCUCUGGCUCCCGGCCCCUCAGAAAAGUAGAUUCUCUGUGGCUUUUUAAUCUUACAGCCCCACCGGUGCAGGGGCAUGCGUAUUUCUAGUCACCUACAAUCGUGGUUUUGUAUCUUUGUUGCCUAAGGGGCUAUUUGUCCAGGUGGAAACACGCUGGUGGGGGAUCCAAGGUCCCAGCCUAUUUCCCCCCCCCCCCGCCGCCCCUGCAGGGCCCCCUCCCUUGGCUUCCCUUUCUGGGCAAACCUUCAUGAUUUCUCCUGUCUGGCCUAUAGUGUCGUCCCCCUCGCCCCCAUCCCCAAGCAGCAGGGGAGGGGUCUCGGGGAAGGGUCUCAUCCAGGAGUCUGCACAGAGCAAGGGGGGGGGUUAGGAAUGGAGCAGAAGGACCCUCUCCACUGGCUCUGCUGUUGGAAGUUGGCCGCUCCCGCCCCCAUGAACAAAACGGGGACAUCGGGCCUGGGGGCCAGGAGCUCGGACCCCACGGGGGAUCCUGGGGCCCUGCCCUGGCCCCGGGGCCCUGGACCGGGGUGGCGAGCCCCGGCCUCCAGCGAGCUGUCU